UUCCCUCCCUCUCCAUAGCUCGCUCUCUCUCCUCUCAUACUCCCCCCCACCCCCACCCCUCCUCCUCUUUAUCCAAAUGGAGAGAGUCCUUUUUUUCUUCUUCAUCUCAUCUCUUGAGCCGAGGGGCUGCAGCUCGGUGCUGCCGCGCACACGCCGGGGGAGAGCGCCAGGCAGCCGGCCGCCCGCCGCCGCGGCGGGGCCGACCUCGGAGCCCCGCCGGCCCCGCGGCCCGCGGGAAGCACCCCGGCGCUGAGGCAGGAUGGUGCAGCGCGGCGAGGCAGCGCAGCUACAGCUACAGCAGCAGCAGCAGCAGCAGCCGCCGCGGCCCGCCGCGCCGCCGCCGCCGCGCCGCCGUCGCUGAGCGCCGCCGCGGACAGCGGCUUCCCGGAGGCAGCGGCGGCCGGAGGAGGCGAUUUCAACGGGAGCGGAGGAAAGCGCGGCGGCGGCAGCCGGGGGGGCCCGGGGGUCGCGCCCGCCCGGCCGCCCGCCCUCACUGGGCGCGGGGAGCGGCCGCCUGCAGCUCGGGGUCCGCGCGCGAUGUGGCAAUGGGAGGCGCGGGGAGCGACUCGGCCGGAGCGGCCGCGGCGGCAGCCGCCGCCCCGCGCCCCGCGUGAGGCGGCCGCGCCGCAGCAGCCCCAGCAGCAGCAGCAGCAGCAGCGGCGGCGGCGGCAGCCCCGGCGGCAGCCCCCGCAGCAGCCCGCGGCCCGCAGCGCCGCCAGCCCCCCGCGGCCCCACCGCGCCCCCGGGCCCCCGGGCCCCGCCGCGGCGGCGGCAGCGCCAGCGGCAGCUUCCCCGUCCCGCCGGCGGCGGCAACAUGGCCUCGGCCGGUAACGCGUCGGAGCCGGAGACCAGCAGCAGUGCGGGCGGCGGCGGCGGCCACCCCGGCCGGGCGGCGAGGAGCGGCGGCAGCAGGCGGCGAAGGACCGGAGGGAAUCGGCGCGCCGAGGCGCCCGACCGGGAGUAUCUGCAGCGGCCAAGCUACUGCGAUGCGGCUUUCGCCUUGGAGCAGAUCUCAAAGGGGAAGGCGACGGGACGGAAAGCGCCGCUGUGGCUGCGAGCAAAGUUUCAGAGACUGUUGUUUAAACUGGGCUGUUACAUUCAGAAAAACUGCGGGAAGUUUUUGGUUGUCGGCCUCCUCAUAUUCGGGGCUUUCGCUGUAGGAUUAAGGGCAGCUAAUCUCGAAACCAACGUGGAGGAGCUGUGGGUGGAAGUUGGUGGACGUGUGAGUCAGGAGUUAAAUUACACACGGCAGAAGAUUGGAGAAGAGGCCAUGUUUAACCCCCAGCUCAUGAUCCAGACUCCACAGGAAGAUGGUGCUAAUGUACUAACAACAGAAGCACUCCGACAGCACCUUGACUCCGCACUUCAGGCCAGCAGAGUACACGUCUAUAUGUACAACAGACAGUGGAAAUUGGAACAUUUGUGUUAUAAAUCAGGAGAACUCAUCACAGAAGCAGGUUACAUGGACCAGAUCAUAGAAUAUCUUUAUCCUUGCUUAAUUAUCACUCCUUUGGACUGCUUCUGGGAAGGAGCAAAGCUACAGUCAGGAACUGCCUACCUAUUAGGGAAGCCUCCUUUGCAGUGGAUCAACUUUGACCCCUUAGAAUUCUUGGAAGAGUUAAAGAAAAUAAACUACCAAGUGGAGAGCUGGGAAGAAAUGCUGAAUAAAGCGGAGGUUGGUCAUGGUUAUAUGGAUCGACCUUGCCUGAAUCCUGCUGAUCCCGAUUGCCCAAUCACAGCUCCCAAUAAAAAUUCCACCAAACCUCUUGAUGUAGCCCUUGUUUUGAGUGGUGGAUGCUAUGGACUGUCAAGAAAAUACAUGCAUUGGCAGGAGGAGUUGAUUAUAGGUGGUACAGUCAAGAACACUUCUGGUAAACUUGUCAGUGCCCAGGCUUUGCAAACCAUGUUUCAGUUAAUGACUCCUAAGCAAAUGUACGAGCACUUCAAGGGGUAUGAAUAUGUUUCACAUAUCAACUGGAACGAGGAUAAGGCAGCAGCAAUUCUGGAAGCCUGGCAGAGGAUGUAUGUUGAGGUGGUUCAUCAAAGUGUUGCACAAAACUCUACUCAGAAGGUGCUCUCCUUUACUACGACCACCCUGGAUGACAUCCUAAAGUCGUUUUCUGAUGUCAGUGUUAUCAGAGUAGCUAGUGGCUACUUACUAAUGCUUGCCUACGCCUGUUUAACAAUGCUGCGGUGGGACUGUGCCAAGUCUCAGGGUGCCGUGGGGCUGGCAGGAGUCUUGUUGGUUGCACUCUCGGUGGCUGCAGGAUUGGGCCUGUGCUCAUUGAUUGGAAUUUCCUUUAAUGCUGCCACAACUCAGGUUUUGCCUUUUCUUGCUCUUGGAGUUGGUGUAGAUGAUGUUUUCCUUCUGGCACAUGCAUUUAGCGAAACAGGGCAGAAUAAGAGAAUUCCAUUCGAGGACAGAACAGGUGAAUGUUUGAAGCGAACAGGAGCAAGUGUAGCCCUUACAUCUAUCAGCAAUGUUACUGCUUUCUUUAUGGCUGCCUUAAUCCCUAUUCCUGCUUUACGAGCGUUUUCACUCCAAGCAGCAGUUGUGGUGGUAUUCAACUUUGCUAUGGUUCUGCUGAUUUUUCCUGCUAUCCUGAGCAUGGACCUUUAUCGUCGAGAGGACAGGAGACUGGAUAUAUUCUGCUGUUUUACAAGUCCGUGUGUCACUAGAGUGAUUCAGAUUGAGCCUCAAGCAUAUGCAGAGAACGACAAUACUUGCUACAGUCCUCCACCCCCAUACAGCAGUCACAGUUUUGCACAUGAAACUCAGAUUACAAUGCAGUCUACAGUGCAGUUGCGCACAGAAUAUGAUCCUCAUACGCAGGUGUACUACACCACAGCAGAGCCUCGCUCAGAAAUAUCUGUGCAGCCAGUGACAGUGACGCAAGAUAAUCUUAGCUGCCAGAGCCCAGAAAGCACAAGCUCGACGAGGGAUUUGCUUUCCCAAUUCUCCGACUCCAGUAUGCAUUGCCUUGAGCCACCCUGUACAAAGUGGACACUCUCAUCUUUUGCAGAAAAGCAUUAUGCUCCAUUCCUCCUAAAACCAAAAGCUAAGAUUGUGGUUAUUUUUCUUUUUCUGGGUUUGCUUGGGCUCAGCCUUUAUGGAACUACCCGGGUGAGAGAUGGACUAGAUCUCACAGACAUUGUACCACGGGAAACACGGGAAUAUGACUUUAUUGCCGCACAGUUCAAGUACUUUUCAUUCUACAACAUGUAUAUUGUGACACAGAAAGCAGACUAUCCAAAUGUCCAGCAUUUACUUUAUGAACUUCACAGAAGUUUCAGCAAUGUGACAUAUGUUUUGUUGGAAGAGGAUAGGCAGCUUCCCAAAAUGUGGUUGCACUACUUUCGAGACUGGCUGCAAGGACUUCAGGAUGCAUUUGACAGUGACUGGGAAACUGGGAAGAUCACUUACAACAAUUACAAAAAUGGAUCUGAUGAUGCUGUUUUGGCUUACAAACUCUUGGUACAAACAGGCAACCGAGCAAAGCCCAUCGACAUCAGCCAGUUGACCAAACAGCGUCUGGUGGAUGCGGAUGGAAUCAUUAACCCAAAUGCUUUCUACAUCUACCUGACAGCCUGGGUUAGCAAUGACCCUGUGGCCUAUGCCGCCUCGCAAGCCAACAUCCGGCCUCACCGCCCGGAGUGGGUCCACGACAAAGCAGACUAUAUGCCAGAAACGAGGCUGAGAAUUCCAGCAGCUGAGCCCAUAGAAUACGCUCAGUUUCCUUUCUACCUCAACGGAUUGCGUGAAACUUCUGACUUUGUGGAGGCUAUCGAGAAAGUGAGAGCUAUCUGUAGCAACUACACCAGCCUGGGGAUCGCCAGCUACCCAAACGGUUACCCAUUUCUGUUUUGGGAGCAGUACAUUGGGCUUCGUCACUGGCUCCUCUUAUCCAUUAGCGUGGUUUUGGCUUGCACGUUUCUGGUGUGUGCCCUCUUCCUCCUAAACCCCUGGACGGCUGGGAUCAUUGUGGUGGUGCUGGCUCUGAUGACUGUGGAGCUGUUUGGCAUGAUGGGUCUAAUCGGAAUAAAGCUGAGUGCAGUGCCUGUGGUUAUCCUGAUCGCUUCUGUUGGCAUUGGCGUAGAAUUCACUGUUCAUGUUGCUUUGGCAUUUUUAACUGCCAUAGGAGACAGGAACCAUAGGGCUGUCCUUGCAUUGGAACACAUGUUUGCACCAGUGCUGGAUGGGGCCGUGUCCACUCUGCUUGGAGUGUUAAUGCUCGCAGGAUCAGAGUUUGAUUUUAUUGUCAGGUAUUUCUUCGCUGUUUUGGCAAUCUUAACCAUUCUGGGAGUUCUCAAUGGAUUGGUGCUGCUUCCUGUUCUUCUUUCAUUCUUUGGACCAUACCCUGAGGUUUCUCCAGCCAAUGGACGAAACAGAUUGCCCACACCAUCUCCUGAGCCGCCCCCCAGCAUCGUGAGGUUUGCACUGCCACCCGGGCACACAAAUAAUGGGUCAGAUUCCUCUGAUUCAGAGUACAGCUCUCAAACCACAGUGUCCGGCAUCAGUGAAGAGCUUCAUCAGUAUGAGGCCACCCAAGGCCCUGGGGCACCAGUCCAUCAAGUAAUAGUGGAAGCCACUGAGAAUCCUGUCUUUGCAAGAUCCACUGUGGUUCAGCCAGAGACAAGGCACCACUCGAGUCGCAGAUUACAGUCGAAUCCAGAGUCCAGCACGCAGCAGGCGUGGCGUCAGGGUAGACAGCCCCAACGGGAAGCGAGGGAAGGGCUGCGACCACCUCCUUACCGCCCUCGCAGGGACGCUUUUGAAAUUUCUACUGAAGGGCAUUCAGGACCUAGCAAUAGGGAUCGCUUGGGCCACAGGGCUCGUUCUCAUAACUUGAGAAGCCCAGCGUUCGGCACCGUGGGCGCCGCAGGACCAGCGUACUGCCAGCCCAUCACUACUGUGACUGCCUCGGCUUCAGUGACUGUCGCUGUCCACCCCACGGUGCACAGCCACAGCUCUCGGGGAGGGAGCUUUCCGUCCUAUGAGGGGUGCCAUGAAGCUGACCAUGGGCCAUUUGAGGACCCUCAUGUGCCUUUUAAUGUGCGGUGUGAAAGAAGAGAUUCUAAAGUAGAAGUUGUAGAACUGCAAGAUGUUGAAUGUGAGGAAAGGAUACCUGGCAACAGCUCACAGUAAGGGUAAUAACUGAAGCAAAGAAGAGGCCAAAGAUGGAAAACUGUAUUUCCAGAACUGCUUGAAGAAAAGAACUGCUUGAAGUUGUAGAAAAGGACAUGCUGCAUCAGGACAACAGUUCACUGUUACUGUAACCUAUUGUAUUAUUUUGUUAAAUAUUUCUUUAAGUAUUUAAAAGAUGUACACAUAUGUAAUAUACAAAAGAACAAUGUAAAGUAGUAUAAUCUGGAGUCAUUUGCCGCUGGGCAAUAGAAUGGGGACAAUAUUGUGUGCGCUUUGUACUUUCUGUACAUUGAUCUCUGUGCCACAACUAAGCUUAAUCUAGUUCUAAAUUUCAGCAUAAGUUGCUGCUGCUUAAAUAUGUAUAAUUUACUUGUAUAAUUCUAUGCAAAUAUUGCUUAUGUAAUAGGAUUUUUUUUAAAAGGUACAUGUCUGUUUAAAAUAUUUUAAAUUUGCGUAUCACAACCCUGUGGUAGUAUGAAAUGUUACUGUUAACUUUCAAACACGCUAUGCGUGAUAAGUUUUAAAAUAAGCAGAUAUGAAGAAAAGCAAGUUAAUCUGGGAGGCUUAAAUAGAUUUAGCUAUGUGCAGGUUUUGUUUUGCUGUGUGUAUCCAUGCGUGCAUCUGGACGUGUGCAUGCUUUUGUGUGUAUGUUCCUGGUGUACUGUAGUUUCUCUUUUACUGUAAGGUAACACUUAGUGGGCUUAUAAACCCACUGAUGCUGAUGUGAGUCUGGCUUUCCCUGUUAGUAGGCACUAGUGAAAAAUGUGUUGGUGUUUACCAACAUACACCAUAGACUGCCAUCAUCAAAGGCCCAACUGAAAUAGAAGAGAAGACAGGGAGUUGAGGUUCGGGGUUGUGGUUAGUUUCCCACACUCUUAAUGACUUGGUUCACAUGACUUUGGUCAAGUCACUUAACUGCCCCAUGCCUCAGUUUCUCAUUCUGUAAAAUGGGUAUAAUUACACUUACCUACCUCCCAGGAAUGUUGUGAGGCUUAAUUCCUGUUCGUGUAGUGCUUUGAUUUUUUUUUUUUUUUUUUUUGCAAAAGGUGCCAGGUAAGUGCAAACACUAUAACCAUUGUUUUUUCACUUCCAAAGGUGCUGGAUAUUGAGAGGUGCUGGUGGUUAUAGAGAUUCAAUGAGUAUAUGCCUUAUUUUGAUAUUGAUACUGUUAACUAUGAGUGGCAUUAGAAGAUGGAUAAUUGAGUUUUUUGACGGUGAGCCACAGCUCAGCUGUGUCCUUACAGCAUUGAAAGCAAUAUCUUGGUCACCUUAUUUUCAUGGCAGGAAGGAAGUUAAUAGUAACUGAUAAAAAUCAAAUGGAAGGAUAAAAAAAAAAAAUCUAUUUUCACUUUUUAAAUAUAAAUGGCUUUCUGAUGGGUCCAGGACUGUAAUGACACGUAAAGCCUGGGGUGUUCUUUCCUCUAUUGUUUGUGUUUUCCCAUGCUGCAUUGGCACUUUUAAUUAAAACAGCUAAACUGGGAUCUCUUUGCGAAACUAAUUUAGCUUUUUGUAUUACUAUUUUUAAACUAAAGGGGGAUUGCUGCAGGUGAAGGGUCUGAAAAAACACUACAGUCUGUGUUCCAGUUGGAAAUAAACCCUAAGAAUGGAGAACCUAAAUUUAAAAUAAUAGAACAAAAGUUUUCAUUAUCUCUGUCUUCCUCUUUCUUCAUCCAAGCUGUUUUUUAGAGCAGGUAGAUGUUCAGGUGUGUAUUCAGAGCCAAACACACACAACCAGUGUUCAGUUUCUAAACACAGCAGUGGUGGGGCUUUUCUUUUAAGUACGAUGCCUGAACAGCAGUGGCCAAUUCUUUGAUGGGAAAGUGGUUUUCUCCAGUGGCUUCAGGGAGUCUAUCUUUGCCCACAGACCUUGCCAGCAUAACUAAUGGGGAUAAUUAGAAUGCACAAAUUUCCAUGCCUUUUUUGCUCACUUGAAAACACUUUGAUAUGAGGCACUUGUUUACAGAUUUCCAAUGUGAACGCUCAAAGAGCAGGUGGCGAGAGCCUGGUGUCAUUCCCAUGAUACAUAAGCUACUGUUUCAAUGCACACUAAGGGUUAAUGUUGCAACUGCCUACUGGUCCAGUUCACUGUCUAACAUGAAAACUCUUAAUGACAAAAAGACGAGGGGCCCCAAUUUAGCAUUAGCCACAUAGCGACCUCAGAUCAUACAAACUCUGCAACAAAACUGUAUGAUACUAAUUGGAAGCUGCCUUCAACCGCCAAGCGUGUGCGCUCCCGUGUCAGAGGUCGGCAGGGCUCCCACUGACACCGACACCACCGCCACGGGCUGCCUCGCUCCCUCCUCUUCCUCGGGAGGGAAGGGGGCCAGGGCGAGCCGCCGUGUCUCCCACCUGCCCCUGCCCGAGUCCUCCUGCGUGCCUGUGUGUGGGUGAGCUGCCUGCUGCUUCGUGCACAAUGUAGACUUUCUUCUCUGAUAGUCACAUUGGCAAGGGGAGAACUCAGUGGCUGGCAACAUUUACUUUGUUUUGGUUUUGUUUUUUAACUUUUUUAAUCAUGGGUGAUAUUUAUAUUUUUGUAUCAUAAGAAUGUUUUCUUACAGUAUUUGUCAUGCCAGUUUAUAACAAACAAGAUGCAGGGAUUUUAUUUCUAUUGGAAACACUAUUACAGCUAUGUUUUUACUGUUUAAUGGAUUUUUAUUUGUAUAGAGUGCUUACUAAUGUUAAAUAGGAAAGAGUAUAUAACAUUUACAUUAAGGACUCGUCAUAGCUUUUAGCAUAAGGAGUUAAAAGGAAAAAAAAUACUCAAACUGGGUCUCAUUGCCUGCCUGUUUCGGUAGGAGUGAGUUUGUGUCAUUUCAGUUACAAAGAUAAAAUUAUGCCAUAUAAUUUAUUUAUAUGAAAAUUUAUUUUUGUAGUGUACAUAGUAGCCAUCAAGUCUUUUGACAGAAGUAUAUUUUUAAAGAGUUUAUAUGUAAUGAUGAUACCAUAAUGUUUUGGAACACUGCUGAGAUACAAUUACGGUGCACACUUUUCCUUGUAAACCCCCUGGCAGAAAAGAAAGUGUUUAACAGUGUUAAGAGAGAAAGAGAGUGUGAAUAUUCAUAUGAUUCUGAACUGUGUUUUAGUUGCCAUUUGUGAUCUAGUGUGGUUCUCAUUUUAAACUUUGAAUGGAAAUUGUACAAACUCUCCAAAUAUUAAUGUUUAAACACUGAUAGAAAUUCUAACAUGAAUAAAAAAUAUCAUAACUUAUUGAUUAUGGA